AUGUGGUCUCUCAAAAUGUUGUUUUCCUCCUUUCGCUGCAAGAGAUUACUGACAAAGCUGGUACCCAGUGAAAGUAUUUUCAAGGAGGCAUGGUCCGAGUUGGGGUCCGGCACAAAUCCAAACCUGAGGGAUUUUGUACUUCAACUCGAGGGGGAGGACUCACUGGUCAAGUUGAUUGCGAGAAAUGGAUGUAAGCAUAUAGACCGAUGGAUACAGAAUGCCAAAAAGCACCAACCAACUUACUUGAUAGAUCUACUAAGGAAGUCUAUGGCAUCAGAAGGUUUAAAGGGAGUCAGCCAGUUUGAUAGUGACCAAAUUCCCUCGAUAACAUGGGCAGAACCACCCAACUGUUGGGCUUUGCCUGUGGUGACCCUCACAAGCAUUGCCCUUGCGCUUCCCAACACUGAUCCAUGUGCGAUCAAAUCAUUGCUGUGUGGAGUACAUGAAGGCCUCAGGUAUGUAAGGCUCGUAGAAAAGACAAUGGAUGUCCAAGGGCUGACUAACAUUAAGGAAGCUGCAGAUAGUGUCUGGGUGAGUGUCGAUGUUUACAAUCGCUGGCUCAAUGAGAAUCUUUGCAAAUUUGCACGUGAAGGAAAAUGCUCUAUGAAGGUACCUGAAGAACUUGCAGAUGUUGGAAGGAAACUCGUUUUGGAGUUUACGAAUGGGGUCUGGAAAAAGAAACCCCCAAUUGAAUGGCCUCCCAAGGUUUUGGCAGCCAAUUCAAUGUACAGAAUAUGUCAAACUAUUCUCCAAGAUUACAAGAAGUUUGGAGCAGGAGCAGAUUACAAAUUGCUUGAAUGGUUAAACAUGACAAUAGCCGAUACAUUGUCUGCCUGUUUUACCAACUUACCACAUGUUACAUCCAUGAAAUGCCUUGGCAGUGCCAUUGAAGUUAGGGCGCUGGGCGUUCUGGAGGCAGCGUCUCUUCUUGGGGAAGCUGAAAAUAUUAUAGCAACCAUUGGGCACAAAGCAUUUUUCAAUCUGGAACCUAAUCAAAUGGCAUGUAUUGAUGAAUGGCGUUUGUUCAAGAAGAGGAACCCAUCAUGUGUCCUUUCUUCAAUGUGUGGUUUCAGUUCAGAUAAAUUGACAUUGUAUAUUGAGUAG